CGCUCACACCAACCUUCUUAUAACAGCCCCUGGACAGCUUUCUCCGAAGCGCAGGUAGAAUCACCACAUGAGAAAUUCAGAAGCACAUAAGUGCUAUCUUCUGCAAUCAUGGCUUCCAGUCUCGUCAAGCCUCUGGCAAUAUUUUGCAAACAGUCGCAGUCUCAACGUUACAUCAAAACGAUCAGAAACCUUGGGGAUGCAUGGCGCAGCCUCGCCGAAGAACCUCUGCCUGAAUCAGAUGCAACGUCCAUUCUCGUGGAAACCAAUUUUGACUUGAUCGUCAAAAUUAAGAAUGCAAAGGAAGAGCAGUCGUCCUCAUCAAGUCCAGUCAUCGUCGAGAUCUCAACUCGCGAGCCUCUGGUGACGCCGAACGAGGAAUCCUCAAUAUCAGAGCCGCCUCGACACUAUCGGAUCUUCGCUGACUGGGGUACGGACUUCAUCUGGCGGGAUUUCGACGACCUGCGGGGCGAGGAAGGCGACUGCAUGCUGGAGGCGGAAGAAAUUCUCUGCUCUCCCGUCUACCCUCCGUCCGUCUUCGAGCACUACGACGCGUGGGUGGAAACAUACACCGAGAACUUCAACCAACGACGCAACAAGACCGGGGACUUCCAUGCCUCCACGUUUGCCAAUGUCGCGGAAGAGGUGGCCUGGAAUGUGGCGGGGUAUCUGCUGGCGUGGCGCAUUGCCAUGGCACCUGAUGUCGGGAGUAUCGAGUUCAGUGCGGGCGUGUCGAAGUAUACGAUCGAAAAAGGAAAUGAGACGAGGGUGACGUUGUCCUUUCUGCAGGAUCAGGUUGAGCUUUUAGGGAAGGGAAAGCCUGUGGCAUAGCCAGGCUUGGGUACUUCAUGUUAUGAGCGUCGGACGUUGUUUAUGAUGAUUUUUCACGUGCGAAUGUAAUGAUUACCGGCGUGUAUGCUUUUUUG